UGGAGCGAGGAAAUGCGGCGCAGAAAUUUCGGAGCUGGAUCCCGAAGAUUGAACGGUGAUUGCAACCGCCGAAUCCAAGCACGUGGCCGCAUUGUCGCCAGCUCAGCCGUCAAUUUUCCCACUCAUCAUCAGCAUUCUGGCCCUUCCUUCCCGCUUUCUCCUCGCCAUUUACAUAAACGCACCCCAACAAAUUUGACUUCCAACAUCACCGCAACUCAGAAUGCCCCGUCCAAACUUCAACAAACCCUCAUCAGAACCUCAACCAGAACCCCCCAAACGCAAUGCACCCUCCACCCCCAUCUACUCGGACGCGUCAAGCUCAUACUGGCCCGCCGGCUGGAACUUUGACAAAUUCAGUCGCGCGACAGACGAAGACCGCGCGUCCCUGCCCGAAGGCGAGCUAGAAAAGAUGCAAGCUGGGUUGCGCGACGUGCUGGGAGAUCGCGGCGUCGGAGCUCUCGCUAUGUACCUGUAUCGCGAGGAGCAAAAGCGCGCAAAGGAAACUGGGGCCAGGUCCGAAGCGGCGCCGUCUGGAUCCGAAUCGGCAAAGCCCGCGUCAACUCCGGAUUGGCUACGGAAUUGGAGGAGGCGGCAUCGCGGACAGAAGUGGGGGUUUGUUGCGUUUCGGACGGUGCUGUAUGGUGACGAGGAAGGGUGGGACGGGUAUAAGAAGAGGCUGGACGGAAUCGUGAGCAUGGCGUUUGAGAGGGAGGGGGGCGGGUUGGAGGAUUGGGAGCAGGCGAAAGACAACUUUGAGCUUCGGUGGAUUGAAGAUCCCGAGUUAGCUGGGGCGGAUGCAAUGGCGCUGAGGGGAAGGUACGAGGAGCUCGGAAAGGAUCUGCCGGCCGGCUUGUCACAGUGUCUUUUUCUUUGCGCUUCCCAGGAGGCGGUCGACUCCGUCACGUCUCUUGAUGAAGACGACCUGCCGACAUUGGAAUCGGUGCGCUGGCGACCCACGGCUCCGUUCCUGCUUGCCAUCGCCGCGGAUGCGAAUCUCGGACUGGAGGAGGGCCACGAAGAGAGAGAGUGGUUCAAACCCGUAUUUAAAGUCGCAGCGGAGACCAUCAUCGACGAGCUUUGGCCGCUCGUCGACUCGAUUGGAAUGCCGUUGAGGAGAAUCACGCGACACGUCAAGGGCUCGAGCGAGCUUGGGCCCGAGGAAACAGCGGACGCGGGCGAGGAAUUGGAAGACAUCUGGUGGACCAUGGCACCCUCACCCGAACGAUUGAAGAAAAGACGGCGCGAUAUAGAGUAACUACAGGCUAUUGAGUCGAGCACGAUCACAACUCCAUCUUCUCAGACAAACCCAUCAUCUUCCUCAACCGCGGAGAGUUUACGCCCGGCCAGCCUAUUGCGACUCCACCACUCUCAGACUCGGGGCUCGCCGUUGCGAGAGGAGCAGACCCAGCCCCGCGCGGCCUCGCAAUGACGCCUUCAGCAUGAGAGUUGGAAAACGCAGCCGUAGCGCGCGCCGCAAUCGAGGCAGCGCCGUUCACGCAAUACGCCACGUCCAGCUGGAGGUUCGAGCAAUCGUUUGCCAGUGAC